UCCCUGUGUGCGCUUUGUUCUUUCAAAGCAGCUUUUAUGUUGCACAUCAGGUCAAAUGUAGAGGUUUGUUUUGAUGGAGAAACCUUGGCUGUUGAGACGACUGGUAAAGAAAUGUGUGCGCUAUUCUGACUGAGUGCGGCGCUGCUUUGUGUGAACUUUGAGUCUGUUCUGAAAACUAACUUCACCUAGCUAGCAAGUGCGGUUAGCUUAGCUAGCUAACUAGCCGAGCGGUAGCGAGCACAUCAGACGAACAGUGAGGUGAAGACUCACAACUUCACACACGGACGGUCGGUCUGUAACGUGGAGACAUCAGGCUCGCAAGUCAGAACACAAUGCACGGAGCGAGCUCCUCUGUCUGCAGCAGCCUGACACAUAUGUGCUCCGACAGAUGAUAUGGAAGGAUUUUGUACAAAUGUUACCACAAGCCAGUAGGCCAGGCAAGGAAUUGGAGUAAAGCUGAAAUAUAAAGGCUUUGCUGGCCAGCAGGUCGUGUGUGUGAGAGAGCUCCAAGUGCCGAUGGCGGAGUUUGUGGAGAACGGCAGCCUGCCUCCAUUGAAUCGUGGAGCUAUGGCCGUGCCCAGCGACGAGGCAGCUGGCAAGACGCAUUGCGAAGUGUCGGUCUUGAAUGGGGACUGUGGGAUGGCAGCAAAUGUGGUCGAUUCAGAAUCCUCAGUUGCACCUGGUGUGGAAACCACCAACACGUCUGCAGGAUCGGAUGCCAAAUCUGAAAUACCACGCAGGAGCAGCAUUAUCAAGGAUAACUCAAGGCAGCGUAAAGAAAGAAAGAAGACUGUGUCCUUCAGCAGCAUGCCCACUGAGAAGAAAAUUAGCAGUGCAAGUGAUUGUAUCAAUGCAAUGGUGGAUGGCUCUGAGCUGAAGAAGGUGCGUUCCAAUUCACGUGUAUAUCACCGCUACUUUCUCCUUGAUGCUGACAUGCAGUCUCUGAGAUGGGAACCUUCAAAGAAGGAGUCAGACAAAGCCAAAAUUGACAUAAAAUCCAUCAAGGAGGUUCGGACUGGAAAAAAUACUGACACUUUUAGGACUAACGGAACCUAUGAUCAAAUAUCCGAGGACUGUGCUUUCUCAAUCAUAUUUGGGGAAAAUUAUGAGUCUUUGGAUUUGGUGGCAAACACUGCAGAUGUGGCCAACAUAUGGGUAACAGGGCUGAGGUACCUGAUAUCCUAUGGGAAACAUACUUUGAAUAUGAUCGAGACCAGUCAGAACAAUAUGCGCUCAUCUUGGCUUGGUGAACUUUUUAAUGAAGUAGACAUUAGCAACGCCAAGCAAAUAACAAUUUGUGCUGCUGUGCAGCUCAUCAAAAAUUUAAAUCCAGGGCUUAAAAAUGUGAAAAUAGAACUGAAGUUUAAAGAGUUUCAUAAAGCUAAGGACAAAGUAAGAUCUGACGUGACUAAAGAGGAGUUUAUUGAGGUCUAUCACGAUCUUUGCACUAGACCAGAAAUUUACUUCCUCUUUGUUCAGUUCUCCAGUAAUAAGGAAUUCCUGAACACAAAAGACUUAAUGAUAUUUCUAGAGGCUGAGCAGGGGAUGGCACAAGUAAGUGAAGACAUCAGCUUAGAAGUAAUUGAGAGAUAUGAACCAUCUAAAGAGGGGCAGGACAAGGGUUGGCUUUCUCUGGAUGGAUUCACAAACUAUCUUAUGUCACAAGAGUGCCAUAUAUUUGACCCUGACCAAAAAACAGUUUGCCAAGACAUGAACCAGCCCUUGUCCCACUAUUACAUCAAUGCAUCUCACAACACGUACCUGAUAGAAGAUCAGUUUCGAGGUCCCUCUGAUAUAACGGGCUACAUCCGUGCCCUCAAGAUGGGCUGUCGUAGUGUAGAAUUGGAUGUUUGGGAUGGGCCUGACAAUGAACCUGUUAUUUACACUGGUCACACAAUGACCUCUCAGAUAGUGUUCCGCAGCGUUAUUGAGAUCAUCAACAAGUAUGCCUUUGUGGCAUCAGAGUUUCCAUUGAUGCUUUGCUUGGAAAAUCAUUGCUCUUUGAAGCAGCAGAGCAUUAUGUUUCAGCACCUAAAGAAGAUCCUUGGAGAGAAGAUUCAUCUCGAUUCUCCAAAAUCUGAGGACUGUUAUCUCCCCUCUCCAUCUGAACUGAAAGGAAAGAUACUGUUGAAAGGUAAAAAACUGAGUACUAGCUGCACUGGUUCAGCAGGUGAGGUGACAGAUGAGGAUGAAGGGGCAGAGAUGUCUCAGAGGAUGAGUAUAGAAUCUGCAGAACAACAAAUCAUAGCACCAAAGAAAUUUCAGCUAUCAAAGGACCUCUCUGAUCUAGUGAUUUUGUGUAAAUCUGUGGAGUUCAAAGACUUCCCAACAUCUUUUCAGAGUCAGAAGCACUGGGAACUUUGCUCUUUCAAUGAGGUCUUUGCCAGUCGCUGCGCCAAUGACUUUCCAGGAGACUUUGUUAAUUACAACAAGAAAUUCCUAGCCAGAGUUUAUCCCAGCCCUAUGCGAAUUGACUCAAGCAACAUGAACCCACAAGAUUUCUGGAAAUGUGGUUGUCAAAUUGUGGCAAUGAACUACCAGACACCUGGACUGAUGAUGGAUUUAAACAUUGGCUGGUUUCAUCAGAAUGGGAACUGUGGCUAUGUGCUACGUCCAGCAAUAAUGAGGGAGCACGUUUCAUAUUUUUGUGCCAACACUAAAGAUUCAGUACCUGGUGUUUCUCCACAGCUCUUACACAUCAAGAUAAUCAGUGGACAGAACUUUCCCAAACCUAAAGGCUCAGGGGCCAAAGGAGAUGUGGUUGACCCAUAUGUGUAUGUUGAAAUCCAUGGCAUUCCUGCUGACUGUGCUGAACAAAGGACGAAAACAGUCAACCAGAAUGGGGACAAUCCUCUGUUUGACGAGAGCUUUGAGUUUCAGAUAAAUCUCCCCGAACUUGCAAUGGUGCGCUUUGUGGUGCUUGAUGAUGACUAUAUUGGUGAUGAAUUUAUUGGCCAAUAUACAAUCCCCUUUGAGUGUCUCCAGCCGGGUUUCCGUCAUGUACCGCUGCAGUCUCUAACAGGGGAGGUCCUGCCACAUACCUUGUUGUUUGUUCAUGUGGCCAUCACUAAUCGAAGAGGAGGUGGAAAACCGCAUAAAAGGGGACUCUCAGUACGAAAAAGUAAGAGGAGUAGAGAGUAUGCCAGCAUGCGAGUGCUGUUGAUCAAGACUGUGGAUGAUGUCUUCAAGACAGCCAUGGUGCCACUGAAGGAGGGGACAGACCUCAGAGAAAACAUGCAGAAUGCCAUCGUGUCAUUUAAAGAGUUGUGUGGACUUUCAGCUGUCGCUAAUCUGAAGCAGUGUAUCUUAGCUCUUUCCCCUCGACUGACUGGACCUGAUGGUAACCCUCUUCUGGUGUUCAACCUCACCGACCAAUACCCUACUUUGGAGUUCCAAGGCCUGCUGCCAGAUGUCCUCAAGAAAGCCAUCACCACCUAUGACGUGGUGAUCCAGACCAGCAAGACUCUAUUAGAGAACUCUGAGGGGGUGUAUGAGAGGAUUCUCCAAACCCAGAAAGCAGCCAUGGAAUUUCACGAGAACCUCCAUGACUUGGCUGUCAAAGAAGGGCUCAAGGGCAGGAAGCUGCACAAGGCUGUGGAGAGCUUCACAUGGAACAUCACCAUACUCAAGGGCCAAGCAGACUUACUGAAGCACGCCAGAGGUGAAGUUCAAGAGAACCUCAAGCAAAUUCACUAUGCUGCACUCACUUGUAACCUGAGUAAAAGGGGACCAUCGGGUUGCUCCUCCAGCAACUCUGAGUCCAGGAGCAGACGGAGCCUCGAAGCCAUCCCGGAGAAGGCCACUGCAGAGGAUGAGCUCACUGACGAGGACAACUAAAGACCAGCAAUCCUGAUCUGCUACUGUCCAGGAACCCACAUGGAGACCUCUAUAUCAUCCUGCCUCUCGGGAUUAAACAUGCUGUCACUACGCUGGCGUCACUGCUCCACGCUCACAUUAGUGUUUGGCUGACUCUACACAUUCCUUACUCUCCAAGUAAAACCUUUCCCAGACUCCUGCAAUAUAAUGGAUAAAAUGCCACUUCUAUUACAGAUUUUAGCCAGCCACCACCGAGAACUGUAUCGGUACAGGUUUAAGUCUACAGAAAUAUUUAAAGUUAUUAGUAUUUCUAAGUCUUAAAUAGCUCAGGAGUUUUACUAAAAUUAGGAGAAUGCAGUUUUUUUUUUUAAAGAAAUGAUAUAGUUUUUGAUAUUGUCUGUAUAUUAUGGUCAAACAUCACUUUGGAGGUUGAGUCUUUGAAUCCACCAAAAAGGAUUCAGCUUUUGAGGACAAACUUGGAAAUUUAUGUCCAAAAUGACAUCUUGAGACAUCAACAUUCCCCAACAUGAAACUAUCUCUCACCCAUCUAUGGUUUUGUUGGUAUUGAUGUACUUAAGAAACACAUCUUUCCUUUCCUGUGAGAGCCAAGUGAGUGACCACUAUGGGCCUGUUCAAGACAGUGAUCUAAUGUCAAAACAGUGCACUUUUACACUUCUGCUCAGUGGACUGGAUUUUUACCCAAGGAGACAAAAAAAAAAGUUGCCAGAGAUUUCUUAAAGCACAAUUUUACAAGAGUUUGUUUGUAGUGAGGACUUAUGAAUGUACAAGGAAUUGAUGUGGUUGGAACAAUGAGGAAAGAAAAACUCGAGAGGAAAGAGUUGUUUACAAUACCCAAUUUAUUAAUGUUCUUGUCUGCCAAAACGGUAUAAUGUACUGUGUGUAUAUAUGGAGUUUCCUGUUACUUUUUUCUGCAGAGUGCAUCAUUUUAAUAUUGUAUUCUUGCAAAUAAGAGUCAUAAAAGAUACUGGAUAUGUCUGUGGGAAAAGUCUAGCAUUUAAUCUCUCCGAUGAUAGUGAGGUUGUCUCUUCACAGUGACCUUGGAUCUUUUCCAGCAGUGUUUGCACGCAUUAAGACAGGACACAUGGGAGAAAGUAUUUACAUGUCUAGUGCAAAAAGAAAUGCAUUUAAAAAACAAGCCACAGGAACCACAACCAGCAUAUGCAUGAUGAUGUGCAAAAACAGGACGUUAACGUGCACUCCACAAUUAAAAUUUUUGAACUGUG